AUGUUGGCCUCUAGAGAAGGUGCGUCUCCGUCCGGCCUUCUCCCGCGCGUCUCUCUCCCCUGCAGCCACGCCAAGGAGAUUCUUCACUGCUUGAAGGAGAAGUACUUCAGAGAGCUGCAGGACCUGGAGGUGGACGGCCAGAAGGUGGAAAUGCCACAGUCGCUCAGCUGGUAUCCAGAAGAGUUAGCCUGGCACACGAACUUGAGCAGAAAAAUCUUACGCAAGUCACCAGAACUUGAAAAGUUUCAUCAGUUUCUGGUUAGCGAGACAGAAUGUGGAAAUAUCAGUCGUCAGGAGGCUGUCAGCAUGAUCCCACCUCUGCUGCUUGAUGUUAACCCUCACCAUAAGAUUCUAGAUAUGUGUGCUGCACCUGGAUCUAAGACUGCACAGCUCAUUGAAAUGUUGCAUGCAGACAUGAAUGUUCCUUUUCCCAAGGGUUUUGUAAUUGCUAAUGAUGUCGACAACAAGCGCUGCUAUUUGCUGGUUCAUCAGGCUAAGAGAUUAAACAGUCCCUGCAUCAUGGUGGUAAAUCAUGAUGCCUCCAGCAUUCCUAAUCUACAAAUAGAUGUUGAUGGAAGAAAAGAAGUCCUCUUUUAUGACAGGAUUUUAUGUGAUGUCCCCUGCAGUGGAGAUGGAACCAUGAGGAAAAACAUUGAUGUAUGGAAGAAGUGGACAACACAAAACAGUUUGCAGCUUCAUGGAUUGCAGUUAAGAAUUGCAACCCGUGGUGUUGAACAGCUUGCAGAAGGUGGGAGAAUGGUAUAUUCCACAUGUUCAUUGAACCCUAUUGAAAAUGAAGCUGUGAUUGCAUCUCUGCUGGAAAAGAGUCAAGGUGCCUUAGAACUUGCUGAUGUCUCUUCUGAGUUACCAGGUUUGAAGAGGAUGCCAGGAAUUACAAAAUGGAAGGUAAUGUUGAAAGAUGGACAGUGGUUUGAAGACUGGAAAGAUGUGCCUUCAAAUAGACAAACUCAAAUACGUCCCACUAUGUUUCCAGUAAAAGAUGAAGAGAAGCUAAAGGCAAUGAAGCUAGAGCGUUGUCUUAGGAUAUUGCCACAUCACCAGAACACAGGUGGUUUCUUUGUGGCUGUGUUAAUAAAAAAAUCUCCAAUGCCAUGGAAUAAACGCCAACCUAAGGCAUAUCAGAAAUUACCACAAAGAACAGGAGAUACUGAAGUGACAGCAGCAAAUUCAGAUAACUGUUGUGAAUGCAUUAAUGAAGAAUCAGAAUCAACGCUCUCUGAAAAUGAAGAGUCUAAGAAAAUACAAGAAUUGCAGAAUUCAGACACCGAGCAAAGCAAAAAGGAACAAGUAUGUGGGUAA